GGCUUAUGGCUGCGUCCUGCUUGCCUGCUUUAGAGUGUUGCCCGGGCAGGUCCCGGUCCUCUGCCUCGGGUGUGACCCCACCCCACCGUCACAGGACCCAGAGCUGAUUUGAUAUGACUUCCAACUUUCUCAGCACUGAUGAACUGGCCAUGUGAAAUUAAUGGCAGGAACACUGCUAAUUUCUGGAAACUGCUGCAGCUGAGAGAUCAUGAACAUCUGUCAGCAAAGGCCACAGUGUGAGCACAUGAAUAGAAGAAGAAAAUUCCUUCUUGCCUCUGUUCUUGCUCUCCAAAAUUCAAGUUUUAUAUAUCCUUCAUGUCAAAAGUGCUUCUCUCGGAUAAUCUUCGUCUCCAAAAGGUCUAAUUGUCCAAAAUGUGGUUCUACUGGUGAAUCUGAAAAUGCCAGUUACAGAUAUAAACUUUCCAUAAAAGUUGCAGAAUCAAACAAAUUAUUUGGCAUUACUGUUUUUGGAAGCUGCUUAGAUGCAUUUUUUGGUCUUACAGCCACUGAUUUGCACAGGUACAUGCAGGAUCCUAAGGAAAUUCCAGCAACACUAGAUAGUCAUGCAACUCAGAACCUAUUAACUAAAGCGGUUGAAACUUGUUUUGUUGGACAGCGCUUUAUUUUUGGAGUGACGAAUUUUGAAAACCAACACGGGCAAGGUUCAGAUUCCAAUAACUUCUUAGAACAGUGCCCUGGCCACAGGAGAGAAAUUAAAGAGCUAGUAGCGUGCCAGAUUAUCCUGCCAGACCCGGAUGUUGCAGGCUUCACUGUCAUUGACUAUUUCCGGCAGCUUCUGCGGUCAUCUGAUUUUAGGAAACAUCAUGGCAACUCCCAGACACCUAAUAGCCACUUACUGGCUUUAGAACACUCAGGUGGUGAUCUCAGCAGUAUAUGUGGCAUUGACAGCAGUUCCUGUCUUUUUGAGUCCCAUGGCAGGGGUAAUUUUUUAAUAUUUUGGCAGCCAUCACUUGAACUCAAUUCCAUUGUUUCACAACUAACAGAUGAUAAUGAUUUUUCAGCUUCAGAACAAAGCAAGGCCGUUGAUACUCUUCACCCAAACAGAAAGUCCAUUUCCUUGGCAGAGGCCACUGGUUCCAGUGGUUACCAUGAUGCCGUUCAGUGUUCAUGGAGCCUUGUUUCAUACAUGGAUAAAAAGAGCACAGCACAAAAGGUGGGUGAAGAACUUGACUUCCCAGCUAAUCAGCCAAGUAUAGUUCACAGCAGCCAUCAUGAACUUGGAGUUACUGAUUCUAAUUCAUUCCCCUUGGAAAUGGAAGAGCCCUGUGAGCCAAGUAAUACAAAAUCCUUCCACAGUGCAGUGGAAAUUAAAAAGAGGUAUUCCCAGUGUGAGCUAACAUAUCAUCAGCAUCAUGAUGUCAAUAAUCCCCUGAGCCUUCAGGAAAGAUCUACGUGUUGUCCACCUACAUUACUCCAACCUGAAGAAAUAGCUGGUGGUCCCCAGAAUUAUGACCCCAACAUUUGGGAUGACCUGCCACUCUCUGAAAGCUUAAACGCAUUUAUGGCAGUUAUCGAAAGUGAGAUUGCUAUAACCCAGACAGAUGCCAGCAGUAGGAAGCGUCAUCUAGGUGAUGGCAUCGAUAAAUUACAUGCAGACCACAACAGUGUAUCUGUGACUCCCCAGAGACCUAAUGGAGCCUUGCAUACACCACUUAUAGCUUUAAGAUCAUCACAAGCAAUAGUCAAAGCAAACUCUGGCAAAGGUAGCUUCCUUUCCAACCGUGAAGCAAAUCCAACUCCUAGUGUUCAGAAAGAGUCAAAACCAGAUAACACAGCAGAGGCUGUCUCUAUAAGUAGAAAUGAAAGAGAUAUGUUUGAAUGUUUUCUAUCAAAUGCUUAUUCAUCAGCUCUGCUUCCAUCUUCAAAAAGUUUAGGAACAACCCCUACUCUCAGGAGGUCUACCAGAAUUCCACCACGUAGGGCUGCGAUUUUACAUAUGCACAAUACUUCAGAGAGUGACCAUUCUUGUCUUAAUAUCAAAUGUUUUAAUGGAUGUGGACAAAAAUCGCUUUUGGAAAUGAGUGAAAAGUUGACAACUUUGUGUUCCAGGAGGUAUAAUGAUGUUUCUGGCCUUGGCAACUUAGAAAAUAAACAAGAUGGUAGGUGGCCAAAGAACCAAGGUGACAGUCUUACAAUUUGCAGGAAACUUAACUAUUCCUUAGAAGCUCUUUGCAGUAGUCCAAAUAGAAGUACAAAUACAUUGGAAAAAAUGCCUUAUAGACAUACCAAUUUAACACAGAAUAAUUUUCCUGGUCAUGAAGGUAGCUACAAUGCUUCUGCUGAUCUCUUUGAUGAUAGUCCUAAAGAAAUGGACAUGGCGACAGAAACCACCAAAAAAUCACAGGAUAUUUUGUUACAGUGGGGAAAGCCUUUGGCAGAAAGUCAUCAUAUAGAAUCUGAUUUUUCAUUGAGAUCACCUUCUGAAAACUCCAGGCAAUCUUCACAAAAAGUAUUCUUGCAAAACAUGUCUGCCUCCAUGUAUCCAAAAACACGCUCUUCACCACAUAUUUCAUCAGAUUUAGAAAGUGAUUUUGAAGACAGCCAAGACUUUGUUCCAUGUUCACAGUCAACUCCUAUUGCAGGAUUCCACCAAACAAGAAUUCAUGGGAUGAAAGGAGCUUUCAAGAAAUUACCUGCCUUUUAUUCAGCUCUUGAUACUAACUAUAAAAAAGCAAGGAUUUCCUCUGAAAAUGAGGCACAGCAAGCCACUCCUAGGUGUCUAAAAAAUAUAAAACCACCCAGCCAGAAAAGCCCUGUUAUGCCUGCUAUUACACAACCAGAGGUUUUCAACAGCUAUCCUGUUGCUGAGUGCCUUGAAUCUGACAUUGAUGAAUGGGUCCCUCCUAGCACAAAAAAAGCAUUUCUUUCAGAUGUGCUUGGAUCCCAAGCCAUGGGUCUAAGAAAAUGCCUUGCUGCCUGUAAUUCUAAUCAAAAUGUGUUACGGAGAAAGAAACUGAAACAUGUCAAACAAAGAACCAAUAAACCUUUAAUUAAGAAGGAGUUACAUUUACAGAAUACACUUACAGCGGUGGUUACAAACCAGAAAACUCCUAACUGUAACAGUACACGCUCAGGCUGGAUUUCCAAAGACUCAGUUGGUUCUUGUCCGGAAGUCAGAUGUUGCCUUUCAUUUUCAGAAAAUUGGCCACCUUCAGUGCCUGAAACUCAAAGUGCUUGGUCUCCUGAAUUGUUUUCAUAAAAUGUCAUCUGAAGCCAGUG